CCGCGCCGGGAAAGGGUGUUCCCGGGGCGGGCGAAGGGCGGGUAGGGGGGCGGGUUGUCGAGGGGGAAAAGCAGCGGCUGUCGGCGCAGGCGGAGCCCACACCCCGCGCUGCCGCCGCCGGCCGGGGACUCCUCGUCCGCCUCUGGCCAUGGGGCUGCAGCCCCGGCGCGCAGCGGGACCCUGCCCGCCCGCGGGGAGAUGCGCCGCUCUGCCCGGAGCGCGCGGCGCGGCUGCCUGGCCCCGCAGCGAGGAGCCGGAGGGCGCUCCCGGCCGCACCGCGUCCCUGCCGCCCAUCCUGCCGGUCCCCGCCGCCGCCGCUUCCCCCGUCGCCGCCCGGGCGCAGCCCAAGAAGCCGGCGGUGGCGGCGGCCCCUAAGAAGGCAGCGCCUCGGCCCGCGGAGGAGAAGGCGGCGAGGAAGGCGCGGGGGGCGCCCCCGGAGCGGGCGGGCCCCCUCUCCAGCUCCUGGCCCUGCUCCUCCCUGCAGCGGCAGCCGCCGCGGAGGCCGCCGGCCGAGCGGGGGGCGCGGCCCCAGCCCGCCCCGCCGCCGCCGCGGGGCCGCCCGGCGGCGCCGGGGGCGGGCAGCCGCUCCUGCGAGAGCCUUGGCGGGGCGCCCGGGGAGACGGCGCUGCGCUUCUCGCUGAGCCUGCCCCCGGAGGCCAUCCGGCUGCUGCAGCGCCGCAGCCUGGAGCGGCAGCGGGGGCAGCCCGCCCCCUCCCCCGGCAGCAGAGCGGCCCCGGCCCCGGCCCCGGGGCGGCGCGGCGCCCGGGCGGGCGGCGGCGACUUGCGCGCCCUGCUGAAGAUUUCGCUGCUCAACGACAGGCACCGCUACGACGACGAGGAGUACGAGGAGGAGGAGGCGGGGGCCGCGGUGGACGAGGGGCUGGUGCGGAAGUGUACCGAGUGGCUGCGCGGCGUGGAGAGCGCGGCCGGCCGCGACCGCCCCGAGAGGCUGGAGACGCUGCCGCACCUGGGCACCCUCUGA